AACUAAAUCGGGUCUAACCCGAGUAUCCAGAUAGAAAAGAAAGCCCCAACCAUUAAACCCUUGCCAUUCAUUCAUCUUUCUCAGUGUCGUCUUCAUAUACCUAUUUCCGCCGGCUAAAAACCCUAGCUCAUUCUCCGUCAUCUCCAUCAUCAGAGGCUAGGGUAUGGGGAACAAAAGGAAAGAACGUGAGGUUCAAUCGGACGACGAUGCACCCGCCAAAUCGCGUACUAAGAAGAUGGACAAGGCGGACGGUGGAAAGCCGCAGUUGCUACCGUCAAUGAUUAAGAACAAAGACAAACGGUCGGCGUUAUACGCUAAGCUAAAGCACGAGAAGAAGGCGGAGAAGAAGAAGAAUGCCAAGGCUCGUGCGGCUUUGGAGAGCAGAGCUCUUGAGCUUGGAGAAGAGCUUCCACCGAAGAAGGUACCGCGGACGAUUGAGAACACUAGAGAGGCGGAUGAGACCGUAUGUAGGCCUGAUGAUGAAGAGCUUUUUGCUGGUAACGAUGCGGAUGAAUUUAGCAAGGUUUUGAACCAUGAACGGGUUCCAAAAGUCUUGAUGACAACUUGUCGAUUCAAUUCUACGAGGGGACCUGCAUUGAUCAAGGAUUUACUCACUGUGAUCCCCAAUUCUGAGUAUUAUAAGAGAGGAACAUAUGACUUGAAGAAGAUUGUGGAGUAUGCAAACAACAAAGAAUUUACAUCUGUUAUUGUUGUCCACACCAGCCGUAGAGAACCAGAUGCUCUUCUGAUUAUUGGAUUGCCGAAUGGACCUACAGCCCAUUUUAAGUUGUCAAAUCUUGUAUUGCACAAGGAUCUUAAGAAUCAUGGAAACCCAACCGGUCAUAAACCUGAGCUCGUGCUCAAUAACUUCACUACACGUUUGGGCCAUCGUGUUGGAAGGUUAAUACAGUCACUUUUUCCACAAGACCCUGAAUUUCGUGGUCGACGAGUUGUCACAUUUCACAAUCAGCGAGAUUUUAUCUUCUUCCGACAUCAUCGGUACACUGUUGAAAAUAAAGCAGAUAAACAUGAUAAGACAAAAGACAAAAACAAGGAUGCUGGAGUUUGGCCAAAGACCUUAAAAGGGGACAUAUAUGCACAACUGCAGGAAUGCGGGCCUCGUUUUACCUUAAAGUUAAGGAGUUUGCAGUACGGAACUUUUGAUACAAAAGGAGGGGAGUACGAGUGGACUCAUAAGGCUGAAAUGGAUACCAGCAGAAGAAGGUUUUUCUUGUGAUCGAAACGGGAGAUUGGAUUGCUUGGCUAUCUAUCACUACAUAUCUUUAUUUUCUUGUGAAUCACUUCAAUUGCAUAAUUUCGUUUAUGAGAAUCAAGUUUUGUAGUCAAUGUAAGACUAAGAGGCUGGAGCCUUUUUAAUAUUAGGUGUCAGUGCCGGUUUGUUAUCGACUCGAUUAUUUGAACUCUUUCAACGUUUUCUUAGAAAAUCAUUA